CAACAUGGGAAGCCACUUUACUUUUAAGAGCUUCAGUACAAGCAAAUUCUCGUGGAGCCAGACGUCCAUUAUGGGUGAUCUUCAGCGAGUUCUUAGUCAAGGCGAAUAUGCCCCUUUAACAUGUGCUCCCAUGUUUGAGAGUAAUUUCAUACAGGUUAAUAAGAGAGGUGAACCAAUCUAUGUUCACAACCGUCCCAACUGUGUGACCAUAGGCAUCUGUGCAUCCAGCCCCAGCUUAGAUCUGCCCAAUGUGAUGCUGCUAGCACACACAGUGCCUACACCCCAACAGGAAGCUGUAUCAAAGUUCUGGAAGUUCUCAAAACAGCCAUCUCAUAAAGAACAGCUAGUACUCAGCAGAUCACCCUAUGACAAAAGAGAGUUUUCUUUUAGGUUUUUCCCUUUGAAGUUUGUGAAGCUCUCCAUUCACAAUCCUGAGAAGUGUCACCUCAAGCUAAAGCUGGUGAAUGGCCGCUGCUAUUACCUGGAGCUCUGUGCCACACCAGAGAAGCAGCACCCCCUCUUCCUUCAAUGGGUACGGCUCAUCUCCCUCCUUCGAUUUCCCCCAGACGGCAAUAGCAGUGCAGAAGUCAAGGUGGUGUAUCAGAAUUUUAGUGCACAGUCAACAGAGGAAUGGCAAGGCACAAAGAGCCAGUCAGAGAAAAGAGAUGACCACAAAGAGAUUUCAAAAUGUCCACCAAUCCCAGAGGCAGAGAAAGAGGAACCUGCUAAGCAAGCAUCUUCCAAGCGAGUUACCAUCUCUGGCAUAGUGGGUCCUAUUGAAGAGAGUAAGAGAGGGAUGGCAGUUACUUCCCACAGCUCCCUGAAACAGAGCAUGACGCAGUCCACCGUGCAGUCAGAGGAACAACAAUGUAAUGACAACCUGCAUGAAAAGAAGCACAGAAGCAAGGAGAGGAAGCCAUCCAGGGAAAAUAGGUCAGACUCUAAAAUUGAAACCAAUUUGCAUACUUCAGGUAGGAAUGAAAUAUUUUCACAAUUAUUUCUGUCCCUGCCCCCACAAGCAGUGUUGCAGCUCUGUGACUGAAGAGGAGAGGGACUGAAACUAGAG